CACACAACAAGUGGGAUGGGAAUGUAAUUCAAAGGUUUCUCUUUUUUUACGAAAUAAUUUGAAUUUUGUUGUUUACUAAGCAAAAGUGGUUUAACACUUAGUUUUCUUUCCGGUCACUUUGCCAUUAAAUACUUUACUUACGUUGUCCAUUAUUUCAAUACGAAAAUAAGGACAAUAGGUGUAAUAAAAGCUCAGUUUUGAAUGACUACAUAAUAAUUUCUGCUACACGGACGAUUAAGCAGCUACCUAACCACCACAAUGAAUUACAAUGAGGAAGCCCCACAACAACAGAGGCCAACGAAGGUGGUGCGGUUUGACAAAGGUUACAUUCAAACAAUGCCCGGGAUACUCAAACUGGUUCAAUUGGCCUGUAACCUUAUAGGUUUCAUAUGCAUCAAGAUAUCUUGGUCAUGGGUAUCAGCAAUUUUCUACAAUAUACUGUACUGGGUCGGAAUCAUCCUGACAGGGCUUCUACUAGUCAUGUACACAUUCCACUUUGUAGAGAAAUUUGACAAAUGGCCAUGGCUAAAAUUUGAGUUUGCAUAUUGUAUCAUUAUGAGCCUUACGUAUAUAGGAUGCUCUAUAUUCGCCUCAACUAUUGGUGAGAGUGUUGGAUAUGCUGUUGGGUUCUUCGGGCUAUGCGCAAUAAUUGCAUAUAGUUUCGAUGGGUACCUCAAGUACAAGGCGUGGAAACGUGGACUGCCGCCACAGUAAAAAAGAUCUUACAGUCUCCAAUACUAACAACUAAACGUCUUACAUUUAGAUAGGAUAAAAAAUUAAGAAGAUUGCUUUACGAUUUCGGCAGAAGUAGUCCUAAAUGCACAAGUUUGCAUUCUGACUGGGUGAGUUAACUGGGUUAGUUCAGUGCCCAAGUUACGUUCUCUGCACAAAAAUGCAAAUUAAUUAGGUACCUAUUUUGAGUAUUUUGUAUGACUUUUAACAAGAUUAAGCGAUAAGUAUUGAAUUAUUUUAUAUUUUAAGUUUACUUUAACAAGUUUAGUAUUAUCUCUGUAUCAGUCAUUUUAAGUAUUAUUGUGUAUAUCUUUAUGGCUUCAGAUCUUUGGGUUUUUUUUUAGCUAUUAAUUUGGUGAUUGAAAAUCUUCAUUUCAAUACUUCCAUUGAAAGAAAUGUUUAAUUAUAUUUGACUAGCUAUUUGUUCGUAAAUCGUAAUGUCAGAAUUAUGUUUAACUUACAUCAUGCACAAAUUGUUUAUGAAUGUUAAAUAUCAAAUUGUAAAAAAAUAUAUCCUUAUAAUCGUAUAUUUUUAUAACUGCUUCAAAUACCAUUUUAUAAAAUUAUAGUGCUAUGUAUGUGCCUUGUCGAUGUGCCUAACUUAUAUAAUAUAAAUAGCUUGGUUCGGCUGGAAAUCAUAACAGUUCAACCUUAUUACAACAGCAUAAAGUUGAAAAUCAUCAAGGAAUUCACUGACUUUCCAGCCAACUUCUCUUGUAACUUCCAACCUAGGUUAAUAAUCGCAUGGAUUUAAAACAUGAAAUAGAUAAUGUAUACAAUGACUCAUAUAAAGACUAUGGAAUAAGCUGGAUUUUUUGGAGUUAAUUAUAAAAUGACGUCACGACACGGUAUGCGCUUGCGCAUGUCGCUAGGCAACUCCAUAUUAAUGUACUUAUAGAAACAGUACAAGAAACCUAAUGGGUCUAUAUUUACACAGUUAAAGAUUUUGCAAAAGAAAAAUAUAUCGAUGUAAAUAUUUUAGAAAAUUGUACUAAUGUAUUUUAUAAAUAUCUAUUUGUAAAAACCUUUACACAAUAAUGCACUUGGAUAUGCCAUGUAUAUUUUCUAGUUUGAAGUGUUUUACUGUUAAUGCUAACCCACCUGUACUUUUGGUAUAAAUAUAUACUUAACAAAGGGUCCAACUCUUUGGGCAUUUAGCUUUUUAUAAAGCAAUAUGAAAUCUUACAGAGAAUGAAACAAUCCCUAAAUAUAUGACAUUUACUUGUUAUUCAUAUAUGUACCAAGGUUGUAAAAAGGUUAUGGUUUUAAUUUUGUCAUAGAGGCGUUAAUGGGAACAAAUCUAGUUAUUAGCCAUUGGUAUUUAUUUCAUACCGCUACAGUGGACGAACAGAACUUAAAACUACGUUAACACUCUCUAGUGAGACCAAACCUUAUAUAUGCGUAACUCGGUAAAACGUGUUGCCUCAUAUUCUUUUUGAUUAGUUUUACUUAACUUUUUAGUAUUAUUGUUAAUAUUUUUUCGAUAUUACAUUUUUAUAAGUGAUUAAGUUAACGCAUUUUGUUAAUCUCUUUUUAAAUUGAGUAGAAAGGAUUAAAUGAGGCAUAUUCUCAGUAAGUAAACUCGAAUAGCACAACUGUGAAACUCGAAUAGCACAACUGUAAACCACCUUUAACCCUGUGACCGCCACUAUCAUUUAUAGCCACCAAAUAAUCUUAUAUCUAUGUGUGGCUAGACUUGCCAGUGGCGGGCACAGCGUUACAAUUCCUGAUUUUUGCCACAUUUUACCGUGUAUUCUCGCCAUUGCUAUCGUACAAGAGAUACUCUCUUGUUUGGACGACUGUUGUUUAUUCACCUGUUGAUUUCUGUAACUAACUGUUAACGAAAUAAAACCACUAUGUAUAAAUUUCAGUUCUUUUAUUUCAUACAACAAUCAUUAUUAAGAAAAUACUAACAAAAGUCGGUCAGACCGGAAUAUCCAAAGGCAUAGCAGAACGAUAUUUAUUACUAAGAACUUGUAGAAAUAGAAAAUAUGUUUAAGAAAUCGUGUAAAAUUCUUGGUUCAUACAAUAAGUACAGUGAGCGAAAAAGUUUUACAAAUUCAUUUUUAUGAAAGUAUUGUUUGUGUUACGAAAGUUUAAAAAUAGUAAAAUACAAAUGCAGCCUAAGGUGCGAAAUUAAACAGUGAAUUUAAUAUUUCUAGCGUAGGUACUUACAUACCUACAUACAUACAUUACAUCAUAUUAUACAGGGAAGGUAGUGUGUUUUUCCUUAUUAUAAUGAGCUAAUUAAAUUUUAAAACCGAGUUAGACCAAUUACAAAAAUGAGCAUAUGUUGUAAGGUCACGUUAUUUAUAUUAUUAUAUUUGACACAUUAUGUGAGCAAAGCUAUAGUGAAGAAAAGUGGACGGAAUAUUACUUGUAUGUACAAUUUAUAAAAGAAAUCUUAUAACUAGCGUGCUGAAGUUGAAAUUUGAUUGUACAGAAGACAGCAGGUUAAAUCUCUCCAAUCUCUCUGUUUUCAACUUGAUUAAUUUGUUUUGAAGUGGAAAGUGAUUGAGGAAAAUUAUUGAUUGAAGAACCUAAACUAACUAGUUCCAAAAUUUAAAGAGAAACAUAAAUUGAAUUAAGUUUUUAGCUAUAAUUAAACUAGUUAGAUACAUUAUUAUUACCUAACUUCGCAUCUGCUACAAAUACUCAUAUCAAUAGGCAUAACUUAGAUUACAAUCUUUGAUUACUAUUUACAACAAUAAUAACAUGUAAUAGCAUGUUUUAAACAUGAUUAAAUAAGUUAGUACUUAAUAUAAUAUUAUCACAAAAUGUCUACACAUUAAACAUUUAAUAAGUAGUUAGUAAUUCAUAAUUAUUUAUAGUUUUAUACAUUUCAAUUUUCAAGGCUUUUUUAAGCUAUAUUCGUGGAUCAAUAUAACUAAAUAUGUCCAAAAAUAAGAAGUAUAUUUGAAUAAGUACAAUGAGGUAUUAAAGCCCUUGUGCAGCAUUAACAUACAAACAUACCCAGGAUCUGAUGACUGUCAUGAUCAACCAACCAGCUACAUACUUUCGGAGGUCCAAUCCCCCUUCGAAAACCUUUUGGCCA